AUGUCUCUAUGCAUACGGUUUGUAGCACGGAACAACGACAAGCCUGUAAUCAAAGAGGUAUUCUUCGACUUAUGCUAUCUGACAAGAACAACAGGAGUCGCUAUUGCUGCUGCUAUAAAAGAAAGUCUCAAGACUCACGGUGUCGACAUCCAAAAAGCCAGAGGGCAAGCAUAUGAUGGUGCAGCAGCUAUGUCAUCGGACAAGGCUUGUGUUGCAGCUCGAAUUCGUGAUGUGGCACCGAUGGCAGUCUAUACUCACUGCAACAGCCAAAUUUUGAACCCGAGUAUUGCAGUAAGUUGCAAACUUCCGGAGAUUAGGAACAUGAUAGACACCAUGAACUCUUUGUUUCUCUUUUUCAACUCAUCGCCCAAAAGGCAGAAAUUUAUGGAAAUGGUGCUGGAUGUUGAGAGCGCCCAGACGAGGAAACAACAUAUAAAAGGACUUUGCAAGACUCGCUGGGUUGAGAGACACACCUGUUUUGAAACAUUCCAAGAAAUCUAUGAGUAUGUUUGUAUCUCUCUGGAGGCUAUCUCUUGGCCUCAUCUUCAUCCUGAACUAGAGUUGGUAACACCCUCGGAUUUAACGAGUGAAAAGUGGAACUGGCAAAGGAAUAGAGAGACCACAGUCAAGACGCAGGGAUUUCUUGCUUCGCUGCAGAAGCCAGAGUGUAUAAUGGCCUUCGUUGUUGUGAAGAACUGCCUCCAAUUGUUAAGAGGAAUGACAACCAAAUUGCAAAAGAGGGAUAUCAACAUUGUCUCAGCAUAUAACAUGAUUGACGACACAAAGAAAAAGAUCACUGAUCUUAGAGCGAACAUCGGCAGGGAGCACGCCGACUGGUACAACGAAGCACAACAAAUGGCAAUGAAAGUGGGGGAAGAUAUCACCAUGCCACGUAUCACUACAAGGAACGUUUACCGGGCCAAUGUGGCAUGUACUUCUAUUAGCGACUACUAUCAAGUCAACUAUACUGCAAAGUUUGUAGACCACCUGCACAGAGAAUUUGGCACCAGGUUUAGCAAUGACCAGCAAGUCGGGGUAAAAUUGCUUCGCAUACUGCCAUCCUACAUAUGUACCCAACCAUGGGCUGAUUUGGACCAAGUCAUUUAUGAUUUGGCGUUGUGGGAAGGUGAUCUAUCACACCCUGCCACUCUGAAGAAUGAAAUCCAGGACUGGUUUAAACUAUGGAGUGACUGUGAGGCAACUGGUCGUGAGACUUUACCUACUACUUUGCUGGAUGUGCUCUGUCAGUGUGAUCCAGGGAUGUCUUUACCUGCAUCCAUCGACUUCUGA